CAGCGAUUUGACAAUGGAUUCGCGUCUGCUCUGGCUGGCAACUUAGCGCGUAAAGAGAGGCUCUGUCCUAGCCCUGACUGCCUUGACCACAUUCUCUCCUCUGUUCUUGGCUUGAUGGGCUGCAGAGAGAUCAUACCCUUCAUUCCCCUAUUAUCUUGCUCACCCAACAGGUUAUCUGUCUCUCGCCAUCCCUUAACCAGCUCUAGUCCCUCGUCGUGACAUCGACCGCAUCCUUGGAAAUGGCGGGAAGUCGUCGGCGAGUGUCCAGCUCGACCGUCGCUACAUUUGACCUGACCCACAUUCCUUUGAUGAACGAAACCAAGAUCUUGAAGCCACUUGCAUCUAAUAGCGAAAACUCCAAUGACUGGCCUUGCUUCGUCCUGACGGAUGCUGUCGUAUUGCACAAGGACGGCAAACGGCUGGCGAAUCCGCUGCUUAUCGAUACCGAUGGACCCUACAUUGUCCGCGGCAAACUUGAGGUUGAGAAGGAACAGCGUCACCUCCUAACGUCGCAAGUCAGCUCCGCCUACAUCGAGAUCCAGGCGUCCUGGCUGUACUCCAUCGGCUACAAUCCCGUCGUUCUCUGGGUAUCCGGCGCGACCGGCUGGUUCGAGAUUGUUCCGUCCCUGCAGUAUGAAGCGAUGCACAACGAGAUACGGGAGGCGAUCAACCUUUAUUACGUGGUCAUGGUUGCCUGUGAGGCCCAGAUGGAGUAUGCCAAUGAGUACGCCGCAGCGUCGAAGAGCAGGAGGAAGAAGAUGAGGCCGCCAGAGCCCAUGUCUCUCGAUCAUCUGUUCCUGAAGUAUGCAGUCGCUGUUGGCGAUGGAAUUUACCAUCACGAGGUGGAAGAGCGAUGCCACAAGUGGGCCAGCUUUCUCAUCAACCAUUUCCCAAAGGAAUCAGACUUUGACUGGACCGGAACACUCUUCUAUGAGUGGAUGAUUGAGAAACAUCCAGAAAUACAAAAGAGGCGCCAGAAGGGAGCUGGCCUACCCUCAACAACUACGACUGCCCCUAAGCAGCUGACUCCAGCCAUGGAUCAUGCUGUCCCAAUACCACGGCCCGAGAGAUCUUGGACCAGAAGCGUCGUCACAAGCCACACUCGAGACACCGAAGAUGUCGAGAUGCAAGAGGUCACAGCGGCGGCCGUAUCACCUCCCGCCAAGUCUGUAAGGAGAACCAGAGGUGCCAGAACCGAAUCCCAUGCCCCAUCUCAGUCUCCGAGGGCCAGGGCUACCAAUAUUGCUCCGCCGCCUGAGAUGGAUUCCUCACCCGAGCGCACGACAAACUCGCACCCUGACGAAGGCUCCGGGUCAGUGAUCGAUCUGCUUCUCGAGUUGUUACAAGAGAUUGCCACCGAAACUGGGGACUUGCAAAGGAUCAAACGCAAAUCUGUCCAGUCCAAGAUAUACGCGAAGUGUAAGAUUCGGGACUACAAGGUACCCCACGAAAUCAUCGGCUACUACUCGAAGCAAAUUCUACAGAAGCUACCCUCCAAGUGGAAGCGGGCUCCGUUCUAUAACGAGUUGAAGGAAGCUGCAAGCCAACCAGAUAUGCCCUUGAAGUUUAUUACAGUCGAGGACAUCCUUCCGCAACUUAGACGGAGGCAGCAAAACAGAGUCGCCGCGACAAACCCAUCUACGCUUCCUGCAUCGCCAAGGGCCGAUAUAAGGGCUAGGGUACGGCGGGACUCGCCUUCUGAGUCCUCCGACCUUGACGAAGACAGCAGGGCAGGUUCUAGGCACGCUCAAACUCCCGCCGCGGCUCGUCGUGCCGGAAAAGUAGCGGGACUCAGGUUAUCAACUGCAUCUAAGAAGCGAACGGUAUGGGAGAGGGAUGAGGAGCCGGAAAGCCACCGUGCGAGGAAGUCGGCAAAAUCAUCUCACUUGCCCACUGAUGACGAGGAUGCCGCAGACGAUGUUCACGAGCCGAGCGACGAAGCAACUGCUUGGGACGAGGACGAGGACCCCGAUGGCCUCCCCGUGCGCCCCCCCAAGGACGUCGUCCGACUCGUCGUUCAUGCCCAGAAGAUCCCCUCCAUGUCGCCCUCGGGUCCCAAUGGAACCUGGGUCUGUGACCAGGAAGACUGCUUCUUUGUAGUCCGUUCGGCGGAAGAAGAAGCCGGCAAGGCCCUGAUACAACAACAUUUCCGGGACCACGAGGCCCAGGCGGGAAUGGUGGACCUGGCCGUGUCAGAAGCCCGUCGUGGACACAUGUCGAUCAAUCACCUCCUAGCCAAGAUCCAAGCCCUGGGCAAGAAGACCGCGGUCUCGGAACGCGGCAUUCUCGACGGCGAGAUCCUCGCGGCCCCGAUAAAGCGUCGCCUCCCCAUCUGAACUCGCCCACCCACUCCCUCCCUCGCGCCACAUACUGCGCACUUUCUUCAUCGGGAAACCCGGCGUUGCUCAUAAUGAUAUUGAUACCCCCGGCCCACAUGGCACAUGCCGAAUGAAUAGAUGGCACCCUAGAUGGAGCCCAUGAGUUUUUGUGUUUUGGAGUUGGGAUGAUUGCCGCUUUGCUUGGUAACGCCAGAUUUAGGAGGCCACUGGGCUAUGUUCCACGGCGCCCUGGUUUGCUUUUUCUAGGGCGCUACACACAUAAAUGGCGGAAUAGGAACACCAAGGGGGGCCAAGGAAUGCAUUAGUACUGUACAUGCACAAAUUAGCACAUAGGUAUUUGACAGAACAUUUUGUCCUUGUAUUGUAGGUAUUGUCAUGACCACGG